GGCCAUCUUGGUUGUGGGCAGACGGCCGAGAGGUUGCGCCUGCGCCGAGGCCUCUUCUCUGGCGGUCGCGUUGCGUCCUUGAGGCUGGAGGGGCGUCGGCGGCCGAGAUGACCCAGGCCGAGAAGGGGGACACGGAGAACGGGAAAGAGAAGGGCGGGGAGAAGGAGAAGGAGCAGCGCGGCGUGAAGCGACCCAUCGUGCCCGCUCUGGUGCCGGAGUCGCUGCAGGAGCAAAUCCAGAGCAACUUCAUUGUUGUCAUACAUCCAGGUUCAACAACUCUGAGGAUCGGUCGAGCCACAGACACACUUCCUGCCAGCAUUCCUCAUGUUAUUGCACGAAGACACAAACAACAAGGGCAGCCCCUGUACAAAGACAACUGGCUCCUAAGGGAGGGACUAAAUAAACCUGAAAGUAAUGAACAAAGACAAAAUGGCCUUAAAAUGGUGGAUCAAGCAAUAUGGUCUAAAAAGAUGUCAAAUGGUACAAGACGGAUUCCUGUGUCCCCUGAGCAGGCACGUUCCUACAACAAGCAGAUGCGACCUGCAAUUUUAGAUCAUUGCUCUGGAAAUAAGUGGACAAACACAUCUCAUCACCCUGAGUUUUUGGUAGGAGAAGAGGCCCUGUAUGUUAAUCCUUUGGACUGUUACAAUAUUCACUGGCCUAUCAGAAGAGGUCAGUUAAAUAUUCACCCAGGACCUGGGGGCUCCCUUACAGCUGUUCUGGCAGAUAUUGAAGUAAUAUGGUCUCAUGCAAUACAAAAAUACUUGGAAAUCCCACUGAAAGAUUUAAAGUAUUAUAGAUGUAUCUUGUUAAUUCCUGAUAUCUAUAAUAAACAGCAUGUGAAAGAAUUAGUGAAUAUGAUCCUAAUGAAGAUGGGUUUUUCAGGAAUCGUGGUCCAUCAAGAGUCUGUGUGCGCCACCUAUGGAAGUGGUUUAAGCAGCACGUGUAUUGUAGAUGUUGGAGACCAAAAGACAAGCGUGUGCUGUGUGGAGGAUGGGGUCUCUCAUCGGAACACUCGGCUCUGUCUGGCAUAUGGUGGAUCUGAUGUGUCAAGAUGUUUUUACUGGCUGAUGCAGCGAGCUGGGUUCCCUUACAGAGAAUGCCAGUUAACAAAUAAAAUGGAUUGCCUUCUUCUGCAGCACCUUAAAGAAACUUUUUGUCAUUUAGAUCAGGACAUCUCUGGGCUUCAGGACCAUGAGUUUCAGAUUCGACAUCCAGAUUCCCCUGCCCUUCUUUACCAGUUUCGAUUAGGAGAUGAAAAACUCCAGGCUCCGAUGGCUUUGUUUUAUCCAGCAACUUUUGGAAUCGUUGGACAGAAAAUGACAACUUUGCAGCACAGAUCCCAGGGUGACCCUGAGGAUCCUCAUGAUGAACAUUACCUGCUGGCCACACAAAGCAAGCAAGAACAGUCUGCAAAAGCUACUGCUGACCGAAAGUCUGCAUCCAAACCCAUUGGAUUUGAGGGGGAUCUUCGUGGCCAGUCCUCUGAUCUUCCAGAAAGACUGCAUUCCCAGGAGGUGGAUUUGGGAUCCUCCCAGGGAGACUGCUUGAUGGCUGGCAAUGAUUCUGAGGAAGCUCUCACUGCACUGAUGUCCAGGAAGACUGCCAUCUCGCUGUUUGAAGGGAAAGCCCUGGGCCUGGAUAAAGCCGUCCUCCAUAGCAUAGACUGUUGUUCGUCUGAUGAAACCAAAAAGAAGAUGUACAGCUCCAUCUUGGUGGUGGGAGGUGGUUUGAUGUUUCAUAAAGCUCAAGAAUUUCUGCAGCACAGAAUUCUCAAUAAGAUGCCACCUUCAUUCAGGCGAAUUAUUGAAAAUGUGGAUGUGAUCACAAGGCCCAAGGACAUGGAUCCCCGGCUGAUUGCAUGGAAAGGAGGGGCAGUGUUGGCUUGUUUAGAUACGACACAGGAGCUGUGGAUUUAUCAGAGAGAAUGGCAGCGCUUUGGCGUCCGCAUGCUACGAGAGCGAGCUGCUUUUGUGUGGUGAAAUGGACAGAAGAGUCACUGUUGAAGACCAACACAUAACCUCGUGGUAUAAAAGACUCUUAUAGAACAUUUAUAUUCUAAUUUAUUGAUCUAGGUGCUUAAGUUUUAUGAAUUUUAACUUUUAUGUUGAGAACAUGACAUUGGUGUAAAAAAUAAGCUGCUUUUGUAGUCAGGACAUUUGAGAAUAAAUAUGAACUUAGUCUUCAGUGGUAAACUCUCCUGCCCCUUCUUCAGGGUCUGUAACUCCCAGUGAUCUAAAUUGUUGCAGUAGAGUGGUUCUCAGGUGGUGAAGCCCUUCAUUUAGGUUGGCUUCUGAGAGUCACCAGGCAGUCUCACAUAACCAUGAGGGGUGGGUGUGUGACUGUGUACCUGAAUUGUGAGAAAUGUCUGGUCACGCAUUUUCCCUCUUAUCUAGUACAGCAAGCACAUAUGUCAUGACUUGUGUAUGCUGCUAAAAUUCCAAAUAGGAAAGAAAGUUUUUUGUUUUUUUAAAAUUUUCUCCUGUAUUACAAAAAAUAUUGGGGCACAUUCAGGUCUAGAUUUCCAGAGGCAAAGAUUUAAGGCUGGGCUGGCUGGCUUUUGUUACUGACAUAAUCUAGGGUGGGCUUGGGGAAGGAAAACAAUCAUUGACCAAAAGAGAACAGAAAUGAAAAGGAAAACUCAUUUGCUUCCUAAAGCCAGAUAGAAAUGAUUUAGGUUA